CUUAAAUGCAAGUGAUUGAUUGGAAGGGAAACAAUCCUAUAUAAAGCGAUCUCUGUUUUUCUUUUUUUUCUCUCUUCUCAUUUUCUAUAUACUCUUUAUCUUACAAUGACUACAAGCUUAGGUUCUCCUCCAUUGCUGCCAAAAGAAGCGCUUGAACUCCCCUCUCUUUCUGCUACAGAUGCUCCUGCUGACAAAAAAAUACAGACAACUCCACCCAAGACGCCUCCUAGUGAGAUUGCUAAUCCAUUGGCAAGUGAUCAUAAAGGACAAACGCGCCUUGUUUCUCAAGGUGAAUUUGAACCAGAACAACACUUUUAUCCCCGUGUCUUGAAUGCUCAAAUUCAUCCCCUUAUUCAAAGUUUCUUUACGUUGGGAAACGAACGUAUCAUUGCUCGUUACACACACUUGAACCCUCAAGUAAAAGUGGAAGACUUGAAGGAAAUCUUAUCUUAUUCUCCUAAACAUUUUCAAUGGGCAGGUUCUGAUUUAUUUAAUGUUACCACUGCCUCUGGCCAUCGUCAAAUGAUUGUGAUCGAAACAAACUCUUGUCCCUCUGGUCAAAAAUCCAUGCCUCUCUUAUCAGAAACAGAUGAACACAAUGAACAAGGCGGUUAUCGCAACGUGAUUGAGUCUGCUUUUCAAGACCAAUUGUCCAAGGCAGACCCUUCUUUAGGUGGUUUGGCUGUCAUUUGCGAUAAGAACAUGAUGGAAUCUAGUGGUUAUGCUGCUGUAUUGGCUGAUGUUGCUAAAGAACAUGUCUGGUUGGCUGAAUGGCAUGCUGACGACCCUGACCCAGGAGUCAAAUGGGUUGAUCGCGUCUUGUACAUUCGUGAUAAAGAUCAAGUAUGGCAUCCUAUUCGUGCAUGUUUUCGUUAUCUUACACAAAAGCCUUGGAAUCGAUUCCCUUUAAAGACAAAGACCAUUGUCAUGAACCAAAUCAUUAGCUGUCUGGCUGGUGGUCGUAACAAGAUGAUGGCAGCAAGGGCCUAUGAUUUCUAUAACAAGGACAUUGUUGGUACUGGUUUAAGUAUCAAGACGCCUGAGACAAUCAACAACGUCACACGAGGAGAAAUACCGUUAUGGAUAAGCUCAAUGGGAGGACAUGCAGUAUUAAAGGUCCCUUACAGCAAUGCAGGACAAGGGGUUUAUACCAUCACCAAUCAAACAGAACUAAAUGACUUUAUGAAUCAAGACCAUCAUUAUGACAAGUUCAUUGUUCAAUCCCUUGUUGGAAAUGCUUCUUGGUCAAGUGUGACCACGGCUGGCAAAUUCUACCAUGUUGGUACUAUUCCAAAUAAGAAAAGCAACACAUACGUGAGUGAUCUUCGUAUGAUGGUGACAGGUAGUGCAAACGGCUUCCGCCCUAUCUGUAUUUAUGGCCGUAAAGCAAGGCUUCCUUUGGCUGGAGAAUUACCUCCUGAUGCUAAUACAUGGGACAUGCUUGGUACAAACUUAUCUGUUAAGCUACCUGAUGGAGGUUGGACAACAGAUACUUCUCGACUGAUCCUCAUGGACCGCAAGGACUUUAAUCAACUUGGUUUGGGUAUUGACGAUCUUAUUGAUGCUUACAUUCAAACAGUCUUGGCUGUGAUUGCUAUUGAUCGUAUGGCAGUAAGAUUGAUGGCAAAUGGUGAAUUUGAUUACAGCCUAUUUGAAAGUCUCAACCCUGAUAAUGCUUUAAUGAAUGAAAUAAGGCAAGCAAAUGAAGACUUCUAAUUCUAUACAUACAUCCCUUACAUACACACAUACAUAUGCACAUACAUACAUACAUACAUACAAAAAAACAUAUUUAUACUAUAUACACACAUGUAGAUUAAUGUUGUGCUCUCUCUUUAUAUUUUGUAAAGAAAUAUAUAUAAUUAUUCGAAAUAGCUUCAGACUACUAAAGAGAAAAGGAGAGUUGCAUAAUAUCAU